AUUGUGCUGCUGGGGGGAGACUGAGUGGGAAGAGUUCAGCAGGAAACACCAUCCUGGGCAGAGAGGAGUUUGAGUCUGGAGUAAGAACUGCACAGUGUGUGAAGAGACAGGGUGAAGUAGCUGGGAGACAGGUCACUGUGGUCGACACACCAGGCUGGUGGGAGGAUUAUUCUGUGAAUGACACUGCAGAGCUGGAUAAACAGGAGAUUGUGAGCAGUGUGUCUCUGUGUCCCCCGGGACCCUGCGCUCUCGUCCUGGUCAUUGAUGUGAGCAAAGUGUUCAGAGAUACAGAGAAGAGAUCAGCAGUGGAACACCUGGAGCUUCUCAGUGAGAGAGUCUGGAGACACACUAUAGUGCUGUUCACCUGGGGAGACUGGCUGGGAGACACAACCAUUGAGCAGCACAUUGAGACUGAAGGGAGGGCCCUCCAAGAGCUCAUAGAGAAAUGUGGGAACAGGUAUCAUGUUCUCAACAAUGAGAACAGGGCUGAUGGGACUCAGGUCACAGAGCUGCUGGAGAAAAUAGAGGAGAUGGUAGCCAGGAACUGGGCUGUUCCCUUCUAUGCAGUGUCGAGAGACAGAGGUAGCCAGUUUACAGGAAAAGAAAUGGUUCAUUGGAAGAGCUUUGAGGAGGAAUGGAGCAGAAGAGAGGAGGAGCUGAUUUCAGUGAGUGGAGGGACUCCAGCCCCCUCUGAAGCAGGCAGCUCUGUGUGGGAUUACCAAUCUGCUCAUGAGGUUUCCAGUAAGAAGGUGUCAUGGUGGCUGAAAAGGAGUAAACCAGAGAUUUCAGCAUCAUCUGGAUACGGAACACGGAGUUCUGUAGUGAGUGAAGCAGAGAAGCCUGACAGGGUGACCCUGGAAGAGGACAGUAAAAUGGAAAUUAAGCAGGAGGGCUUUGGGGAGGAAUGGAGCAGAAGAGAGGAGGUGCUGACAGGGAGGAUGUUGAAGGCUGAGGUUGACUCAGAGACAAAGGGAUCCACACUGCCAUUCAGGAAGAGGAGAAACAGCCUGCAAUUCCUUCCUCCUUCUUUGAGUGGAGGGACUCCAGCCCCCUCUGAAGCAGGUAGCUCUGUGUGGGAUUAUCAAUCUGCUCAGAAACUUUCCAGUAAGAUGGUGUCAUGGUGGCUGAAAAGGAAUAAACCAGAGAGUUCAGCAUCAUCUGGAUACAGAACAUGGAGUCCUGUGAAAAUGGAAAUUAAGCAGGAGGGCUUUGGGGAGGAAUGGAGCAGAAGAGAGGAGGUGCUGACAGGGAGGAUGUUGAAGGCUGAGGUUGACUCAGAGACAGAGGGAUCCACACUGCCAUUCAGGAAGAGGAGAAACAGCCUGCAAUUCCUUCCUCCUUCUUUGAGUGGAGGGACUCCAGCCCCCUCUGAAGCAGGCAGCUCUGUGUGGGAUUAUCAAUCUGCUCAUGAGGUUUCCAGUAAGGUGUCAUGGUGGCUGAAAAGGAAUAAACCAAAAAUUAAGCAGGAGAGCCUUGGGGGGAAAUGGAGCAGAAGAGAGGAAGAGUUGCCAGGGGGGAUGUUGAAGGCUGUGGUUGACUCAGAGACAGAGGGAUCCACGCUGCCGUUCAGGAAGAGGAGAAACAGCUUUCAAUUCCUUACUCCUUCUUUGAGCGGAGGGACUCCAGCCCCCUCUGAAGCAGGCAGCUCUGUGUGGGAUUAUCAACCUGCUCAUAAACUUUCCAGAAAGAUGGUGCCACUGUUGCUGAAAAGGAGUAAACCAGCGAGUUCAGCAUCAUCUGGAUACGGAACACUGAGUUCUGUAGUGAGUGAAGCAGAGGAGCCUGACUGGGUGACCCUGGAAGAGGACAGUGUCGGUGACACUCCUCACUAAACACUGCUCUACACUGCUCCAUGCGGUGGAUUGUGUAACUACUUCAUAUGUUGCUUUUUUCCAAAACCUUACAUUUGCUUUUCAAUGUUUUUGAUUUAAAAAAUUCAAGUUAUUCAUACUUCAGAGGACUUCAGAGAUUUGUCUGUUAUCAGUUGUUACUGAAAGGCCUGUCAAAAUAUGAAAUAUUCUGUGAUUCAUUCAAUGCAAUUAAAGCCAUGCUGAUGGCUAUGGGCAUGCCAAUAUACAAUUGAAAACUAGAUUGAAUUUGAAAGUGUGUAAUUUCAUAUUAUACAUGGCAUAGAUAAGAUCAGAUUUAUAUAACAUUUCUGUGUAUCUAUGUGUCUGGCUCAGUGUGUAAUGGCAGUGGGGUGCGGGUUUGAACCUCGGCUAUGCCCCUGUCAUCCGCUGACUGGCAGGGAGUCUGCUGAUGGACAAAUUUGUUCUCACUGGAUUCCUCUCUGAUCUUUUUUUGUGCUGCAAUGCUUCUGGUGUGCAGGUGGUAUAAUUCAAGUGACAUUCUGACAAUACUGUGUAUAUGUUUUAUUUGUGUAUAUUACAUAUAUUUUGGUACUUCAAGUAAUAGAUCCGCGACAAUUGUCAGUUUUAGUAACAAUUUCUGAUAUUAACUACACAGGAUAAGCGCAGGGUAUUCCAAGGUUUUCCCCAGGAAAAUAGUGGAAGGGGAAGUGCCUCAGAGGGUAUGCAGUGGUGGCUUCAAGUGGCAAGUCAUGGUAUUUGCAGGGUAUAGCCCAGUGAUUCCCGAACACAUUUUUUGGUCAGGACCCCCUUUGUUAACCGUAAAUUCUGUAAGCAGCCCCCCCCCCCCCCCCGCCCCCACACACACAUCCUGUACUGUGCCUUAAUCCUUCAGCCCUCACUGUGUCUCCCCCGCGGGUUCUACCCACCGCUUUGGCAACCACUAGUGUAGCCAACACCUGGCCUGGUGAAAACAUGGCUUCACAAAGCCAAAGUCAGUCUUGUUCAGUCGCACCACAUUUAUUGAACGGUUCAACGUAAGAUUAUGGAGGCCUGAGUCAGAGGUGUUAUUGAUUUGUCUCUGAUGUUUUCGGAGGUGCUCAUGAAUUCUGUGGAGGUGCAGCGCCCCCACCUGGGGGAAACCACGGUGUUCACAGGAACACAAACCCUAUCAUGAAUUUCCUCGAUACCUUACUGAACUUUAAAGUGAGUGAAUUAAUCUACAUAUGAAAUAUGCACGAGACUAAUGUGAUCUUUUGUCGUACAUUUGCAAUUUAAUACCUCUUUGACAGAUUUUUCAGGAAAAUAUACCGAGCUUAAAACCUAUUGUACUCUGUCCAUUUUAUCUUGAUUUGUACUGAUUUGUUGAUAAACUAAACUUUUUGAUUUAUUUGCUUUAAAUAAAACUUUUACUUGUA